CUAGCCCUUGUUGCGCAAGUGCGCAAGCUGGAGGGGAAAGUCGGGAUGGGUGCGGUCGCCGCCUUGGGGAUCGGGGAAUUGUUGUCGCACAAAUGCGAGAAGGCUCCGAACCACGCCGAUUUGCCGCGACAAACGCCGCGAGAGGACAAUGAGGAUGGAACGAAGAGUAACAUUAGCGGUACCUCCGCGGGAAAGCCGAACAAUUUAUCUUCUGCAUCGACAAACACAAAGACUUGUAGCCCUUCUAGUCCGCCAGUGCUAGAUCUGUGCAUGCUUCAGGUAGUUUUGGUCGAAAUCGCUGACCCGUAUGCCAUUAUCGAUGUCCUGCUGCAAGGUUUGGCCAGGCAGACCCUUUUUGUCGCGCGAGCGCGUGGAGGUGGAUACGAUGUUCUGUAUUUCUUAACGGCGAUGGCACAGGCAGCGGUUAGGAGCAUCACGCGCAUGAUGAACGACAGUCGGAAGAAAUACAUCGAGUUGAAAGCGAGUGCACUGGAUGCAGCGGAGAGUGGAGGUGUACAACAACAAAAAACGGUGGGUUCUGUGGGGAAAAAGAAGACAUCGAAAACCACCAGCAAAGCAGUCUCAUCGUACAAGAAACAGCAAAAGCGGCAAUUGGAUGAAAUAUGCGUGUUAGGUUCGGCUACGCCAGAUUUUGCGUCUGGUGCGGAAGCCGCUGCGCAAGCAGCAUCGCGCUUAGUGGCCGAGCGACAUGCUGCACUCGAUUUGCUUCUGAAGCAAACUCUAGAAGGAAAUCGACGAAUCACGCGUCUCUGGGCGCUGUUGGAGGACUACCUGAUGCCAGCUUUCGAGCAGCUCCUGACUACGCAGGAACAGGCUUCCACAGUUGCCGCUUUUCGUGGGAAAAAUACUCUCAGCGUUGGUAAAUUGUUGAAUGGGAAAAAUAAUCACAAGAUGUUGAGCACAGACCACUUCGGAGCGCACAAGAAUUCUCUUUCCUCGACUACUAGAACUAAGACAUCACACUCUGUCGAUGCCGCCAGCGGUGCGAAUUUUUUUCGUUGUUCGCAGAAACUAGUCGAUCUCAGCUUCGACUUUGCUAGUGCUUUUCCUGCGUUGGCUCUUGUGGCCAUUGUAGAGGCGAACAGACGUUUGGAGGGAGUGGGAAAGGACAACGUAACUCUUGCGAAAGGUAACUCGACUUGUUUUUCGUUUGAAGCAGACGACGCAGCAGCAGGGGGCGGCGGAUGUUCCACGCCUCGCAAGAAACACCGCUCUUUCGCGGCUCUCGGAGGAGCAUUGACUGUCAGGCGUACAAAAUUUGAGGUGUCUCGCAGAUUGCCUGUCAAAGUGUUGCGAAUUCUCGCUGCGAGAGCACUCCAGAAGCGCCGACAAAACGCAGCGAGAGCAGCGGCGUCGUCGAAGACAAUCACGCCAGGUCUUGCUGAUAAUGUUGAGAAAGAACGUGUUGUAAAAGGAAAAGGUGGGAGGGCGAAAGUCAAUAAACUUCUGCAAAAAAAAUCCAAAGAUAAGGCAGGAGUCAAGAAACCUGCGAACACUACGAAGAACCCUAGUAAGAAGGAUGCAAAAGCGUCCAAGAAGACAUUAGAAGAUAGCACAACUGCUGCUAGUUGUAAUGCGAUCCAAGAUAAACAAGUGCUACAGGAGGCAGAAAAGCACAAAAAAGAAGGGAUAGAAGAUAUUAUUCGGUUUUUCUCCUCAGACACGCGGACUGAAAUCGAUCUCUCAACGGGGACACAAAAAUUCACUGUCGUAGUUGAGAAGAAGGAGUGGCCAACGGACACCGUACGUUUGCAACCUGCGGAGAGGCGUGGUCGGCCUUACGGUGCUGUUUUGGUCGACAACACAAUCUCAAGUUCUUCUUCUUCUAGCACCUACAACUCCAAAGCGAGCACGUUGUCCUCUUCUAUGAACCACAAAUCAUCAUUCAUGCGGUUCGUUGAGGACGAACACGAAGAGGAGUCCACGUUUACGCCUGAUCUAUAUCCUGCAGAGGCACUGUGGCAAACGUGGGUUCAGGACGUGCUUCAGCGCAACAAGAUAGGACAGAGUGCUAAUCCCGUUGCCGUUGCCGCGAAACUCUGUCAUGUGGUUGGGCAUUUGGCUGUGCGUGUGCGCAUGCUGGUAGACAUCUUUCGCGAAGAAAUACUCGACAAUGCGGCAUUCGCUGAAGGCGUGUCGUGGCAAGAUCAUGAAAAUAGUACUUACGACGUCACCGGUGACCAAUUAGCGGGCCAAAGUGGAACAAAAGCAACAUCUGCUACUUCAUCUUCUACCUCAAGCAGUUUUAGUACAAGUCUAGCAGUACAGGGACUAGCGCACCAGAAGAAGGAUAGCAGUAACAAGUUUCUAAAGUUGACACUUCCAAAAGAUGUUAGUCUGGCGAAUCAUUUUCGCUAUGUUACAGAGCGUGCGCUUUUGAAUUACACUAAGAAGUCACAAAAUCUUUUAGCACUCUUACUUCCCUUCAUCGAAAAAUGCUUCAUGUCCACUAGUGGUGGCGCACCAAGUAGUAGUAGUAGUAGUAGUAGGAGUAGCAGCGCCGUGGCUGCGGUUGAAGUCGGAGGCCCAUUCUCGUCAAGUAGUAGUAGUAGGAGUGCAGGCGACUCGACGACAUUCAGUAGCAGCACUGCGGAAACUACUAGCACAGCUAGCAGUUUGAUACGAAGUCCAGCCAUUUGUCCACAAGCAUCGCAGAUGCAUAGGGCGGCUUUGUUGGCACUUUUCAAGUUCUUUCUCGUGUCCGAGGAAGUGGCACAGGCAAAGCUGUUCACGAUCCUGGCUCAUGUUGCUGGAGACCUGCCGAGUCUCUAUACCGAUGAAUCGACCCGCCUUUUGAAUUUUGAGGGGGGCCUGCAUGUGCUGCCUGGUUCUUCGAAGAAGCGCAAGCGCACGACAGGCGAUUUGCCCACGGAAAACGAGGUCUGGAAGGAGGAAAAUCCUGAUGAUGGAACAAAGGCAUUUUCAUCAGAUGGGCCUGGUCACGCAGGAAAUACUGCCAAUGCUCAGGAGCCAGGGCAAUUCGAGGCGCCACAUUUGCAGGCAGUGCCAUUGUCUGACCAGAAGCUCGAGGACGUACCUCUUCCAGCCGCUGCUUCGCCUACAGCGGGUCUGAUUUCCAAGUGGCAGCCUCCGAAAUUGAAUGCGACGGCUCGAGUAAGUCGUGUCAAUGGAGAUCUGGCUUUGGGGGAGAUCGCUUGUGCUGGAAUGGCUGAUUUGUCCUUACGAUACGGCCACAUCACAGGUCCGGUGUGCGACGUGUUUUUACACGUGAUGGGCGUGGUACAGCAGAAGCUUGCGCUCCUGCUCGAACAAAGUGCCGAAGCUGUUGAUGACCAGCACAAAAAAGCGACAUCAAGAGCAAAUAAGAAGAAAGCUGAGAUGAAAAACGCGAUGGAUGGGGAGAAAUCAGGAUCGCUUUUGCAAGUAGGCGACGAUGUUGAUCUUGAUACAGAGGAUACACCAAAAGUUGUACCGGAAAAGGAUGAACAGGAAUCGCUAGAUGAAGCAGGAGGUGAUGAUAGCAACAUCCCUACUAGUCGAGAGGAUAAGGUGGUUAAAGGCGAUGGAGGUCAAGAGCAUCUUCGUGAUGUGCUAGAUGGUCUUUUGAACCUGCUUCGCCACCUCUUAUUCAAGGACUUUGUAAAACCACGGCCGCAUGUUUUGGCGAAAAUUUUAGACGUUUUUUCACCCGAUGCGAAGCAGCUUUUGCGAGACAUGUGCCACCUAGGGGAUAAAUCGAGGAAAAUCUACGCGGCGUUUCCGGAGGUAUUUUUUUGCUAAGCUACUCUGCAAGAGAAAGAGUCAGUUUCUAAAUUAAUUUUGUACGAAAUGUCUGCACUUUUUUCCUCCAUAUCACUUAAGUACGCGCAUGUGGUUUAUAUCAAUAAUUUAUCUGUCUGAAGGUACUGGUCCGUUUGCCGUGUGCGGAGGCUUCUCUGGAAAAAGUUGAAUUUUUGUCGGAUUUGCUCUUGCAGCACGUGCGCGCAGACAAGCGGCAAAAUCUAGUGGCAAACCUUCUGCAGCGAGCGAACACAUUAGAGAUCGUUGGUGCUGACGGAAAGCUUGCGGAGGAUGACCGUGACGCAGUAAAAAAGGAUCAGAAACGCCAGAAAAUUAAAUCCUCCAUAGCGGAGAGACAGAAACCAGGCCGUGAAAUGAUAAUCGAAGAUAUUCCUGGUGGAGGUGGUCCUGGUCUAGACAAGAAUCAGUCCCACUCCUGCUCUUCUCCUUGCUCGAAAACAUCAUCCGGGGAAAUCGCAAAGGGGCGCCAGCAGUUGCUGCACAUAGUCCAUGCACUCCGGAAACUAAUCGAUGACAAAAGCAUUUUAGUUCUCUACGACAAGAUAGUCGAGAAAAAACUAUUGGAUAAUACGUUACCUAACGCUCCAAGAGCGUUGCAGGUUGUCUUGCGGGCUGUCGAGCAGCUGCUGAGAAGGAAGGGAGGGAAAGCUGGAAGGAAGAAAAAGUUAUGUUCGUUCUACUUAGUUGUAGAUGUUUUCUUCUUCUACUACUGAGAUCUUGUAGAUGGUGUUGGUAGAGCCGCUGUCGCUGACUAGACUUAGAUUUUGUACCAAAACUCAAAGUCAAAGUACUACUUGGAAUUACACGAACGCCUCUAAACGAAGCACGCGGCGGCGACCAGGGGGAGGAUGAGGGCUUGCCAGGAGGCGAGAGUGUGGAGGAUGUAAAGCGGAACAAGCUAGAGCUGUGCGCGAAGAAGCUUCGCUGCAUGGCAGACGGUACUUCUUUUGAUUUGAACGCCUUGCAGCUGGAACAAAGAGGUGGAACUGGACUGCAUAGUGCGAAUACCAGUAAAAGAUAGAGCAACAGAAAAAUUGGAAAAAUAAGCGCAUAACCAUAAAGCGAGGUACUCUUUUACAUAGUUACACCAUGUGACACGAUCAGAAAUUAGAUUUACUUGAUUCAUAUCUACGAAAGAAUUUAUGAGCCAGGGCUGAAACUGUAAGAUUGUUGAAACUUAGACACUUCUUGUAACUAAUGCGAAUUCACGGCAGUGUACUUUGCUUCUUACUUUUUACAGCUUUUUGAGAGUAUUAUUAAUUUCAGAUAGAAGUUGUUGCAUGUUGAGUUUCGAUGGGGGGACAAAUAGGUAGUCUGUCAAGUUAGUACAAGUUUAAGCAUGAUAACAGAUGUGAACGAUAGUGAUGCAACACCUGAUUCACACAAGUAGGAUAAAUCUUACUUUGAAAUUAUUGAUGCUCUCGUAUUCAGAAUUUGAAAAACGAACAACGGGUGGUUUUGACGUUAAUAAUCAUCUCGGAAGUAGGCAACAUCGAAUGAGCACGGUCCCGCAAGAUCAGCACACCUGCAUAAUCAUAGACCCUUUGUACAGAAUGCAUUGCGGGGCAUAUCUUUGAGGGAAUGGAUCGAAGUAGAGUAUAGAUAUUUUCAACUUGAUCAAUCUUCUGCGCGCUGCAUAGUUGUUUUUUUUGAACUUCUCAUGUGAACGAAGUCGACGAGUCUAAGUUAGAAGGGGUUGUAAUGUGAUAAUACGAUAAGUGGUUAAGUACUACCCAAUAGUUGUGAAUAUAUCAUAAAGUAGCUACCACCAGAGCAAUAGGGAAACAAAGGGAGUAUAGUCACACAAGAUUGAGUCAUAGUGCAUACCAGUUGGAACUGUCGCUGGCGAUGAAUGAAAAUUGAUUUCUGAAGGACUCAGCGUCUUGUAUUUGGAUUUGAAGAAGCACUGCUUAGCCAUGUAGGGGUCUCAAGAAAACGAAGAACAACAUGGAACGAGAAUGAAGCAGUAACACCAACAAGGCGCCAACGCAUUAACAUCUUUCAAUGACAGUCCUCGUACCCCUUUUACACUCUUUGAAUUGAGACGAUGCAUGCUACCAGAAAAAGUGUAAGGUAAAACAAAAAAAGUUUUUUAGACCUUUGUACUCUACUCAAGAUUAAGGUCAGCUUUUAUCCAUCUUUCUCGGAAUCUCGGCAUCCCUCUUUCUCGGUACCCUUGUAUUCUCAUGAAAUAGAAGCUACAAGGGGUCAAGAUGAGGGGGCCGAGGUGCAAUCUAGCAGACUCUGGCCAAAUUUGUGGAACAGAACUAGAAUGGCUUCAUCCAUGCGAAAAAGGAAAUAAUUCAUAAUACUUACUCUGACAGUGAUGUGCAACGGCUACAACAUACUUGUUACAGAAAUGUUCCCGAGCAAAAGAUGAAGACGGAGUUUCCGCAGCGAUCGUUUAAAC